CUGGUCUGAGGGUGCUGCCUGUCAUGGGGGCAGCCAUCUCCCAGGGGGCCCUCAUUGCCAUCGUCUGCAACGGCCUCGUAGGCUUCUUGCUGCUGCUGCUCUGGGUCAUUCUCUGCUGGGCCUGCCAUUCCCGCUCUGCGGACAUCGACUCUCUCUCCGAAUCCAGUCCCAACUCCAGCCCCGGCCCCUGUCCUGAGAAGGCACCCCCGCCCCAGAAGCCCAGCCAUGAAGGCAGCUACCUGCUGCAGCCCUGAAGGCCCCUCACCUCACCUGGAGUCUGGGGCCUAAGUCUGCCCCACCCAGAGCCUGGAAUCGGAAUCCCAGGGUCUAGCCAGCCUGGGGUCCAGAACCCAGAGUCCAGCCUGUCUGGAGCUGGACCUAGCAGCCCAGAGUCGAGCCGGUCUGGCUCCACGAGGAGCUCUGGUGGCCCUUGGUAGACAGGCCUGGGGUGGGGAUUCCUGAGUUGGUGCUAGGGCCAGGGCCAUCUCGACUGUGCUCCAUUCUGAGGGCCAGGGACUGGGACCACCUCUCCCUAGGCCAAUUGCCUCCAGGCCCUUGAGGUUGGGGAAGCAAACUGGAAUCCAUGGCAAUAACGGGAGGGCGUCCAGGCUGGGCCCCUCCUCAGGUCCUCCCACUGUUUGCUGGAUAAUAAAUGGAACUAUGGCUCUA